AUGUCGGUGAGGACGCUGCCGCUGCUCUUCUUGAACUUGGGCGGGGAGAUGCUUUACAUCCUGGACCAGCGGCUGCGGGCCCAGAACAUCCCGGGAGACAAGGCCCGCAGAGUUCUUCAUGACAUCGUCUUAACCAUGUUCAACAAAAGCUUUAUAGAGGAAUUGCUAAAACCCCAAGAGCUCUACUCCAAGAAGGCCCUCAGGACUAUCUAUGACCGCCUGGCUCAUGCCUCCAUUAUGAGACUGAACCAGGCCAGCAUGGAUAAGCUCUAUGACCUGAUGACUAUGGCUUUGAAAUAUCAAGUACUGCUGUGUCCCCGUCCCAAGGAUGUGUUGCUGGUCACUUACAACCAUUUAGAUGCCAUCAAGGGAUUAAUCCACGACAACCCACCCCUCCUGCAUCUAGUGGAUGAGACUUUCCGGCAGCUGAUUGAAGUAUACGGGUGCCUCUCUGCGGGGGAGUUCCAGCUGAUCCGGCAGACGCUCCUCACCUUCUUCCAGGACCUGCACAUCCGGGUGUCCAUAUUCCUAAAGGACAAAGUUCAGAAUUCUAAUGGUCGCUUUGUGUUGCCAGUGACUGGGCCUGUUCCCUGGGGGACUGAAGUUCCCGGACUCAUCAGGAUGUUCAACAGCAAAGGCGAAGAAGUGAGGAGGGUGAAAUUCCCGCACGGUGGAAACUAUGUCAUCGCACCAAAGGAAGGCUCUUUUGAAGUUUAUGGAGACCGAGUCCUAAAACUAGGAACGAAUAUGUACAGUGUGAACCGGCCUAUGGAAACCCAUACGUCUGGAACAUCAAAGAACUUAGCUUCACAGACACAGCAAAGCAUUGCUCCCAACCCUCUUGCUAAAGAAGAGCUGAAUUUCUUGGCCAGGCUGAUGGGAGGAAUGGAGAUUACGAAACCCAGCGGCUCUGAACCAGGAUUCCGGUUGAAUCUCUUUACCACCGACGAAGAGGAAGAACAAGCAGCGCUAACCAGGCCAGAAGAGUUAUCCCAUGAAGUUGUCAACAUACAAGCUACACAGGACCAGCAAAGGAACCAAGAGCUGGCUCGGAUCAUGGGGGAGUUUGAUGUCAAGGACCAGCCAAGGUGGAGCGCCAGCAAGGGGGAUGACUUGCUGGCCAUGAUGGACGAGUUGUAG